CGUUUUUCCGUUAUCUGCGGGCAAGGCACGGAGUCUGUGGCCUAUCAGUGUGAUGCUGGGCCGACACGGUGAACACCGAGGUACGUGAGGCGUCGAUACCGACGGAGACAACACACUCUUAGAGUCUAGAACCUGGUUAAGGACCUUCACCAUGGGAAUCAACAAAAUCAUGGUUUUUGCAGGCAUCUCAACGUUGCUCCAAGCAGCGGGCCAGUUGAUCUUCACAUCAAUUGGAGUAGCACAGUAUUUCUGUGUCAUCGACUUCUUGAGGGGACUGCCAAUUCUUCUUUACAUCAAAGUCCUUUAUUUCCACAACCCCAACAGUUGCGGGAGUAGGGUCAACAUUGGACAAGAUAUAGAUGGAGUGUCUGACACUGCGUUCGUGUUGCUCACUCGAGAACCAUUCACCGUGUUCCGGACGUUUAUAGUAAACACCACGAGCCUCGGCCUCAGUGCGCUAUGGAUUAUAAACAGCGUUAUUAUUAUAAUGGGUGGCGCUAAAGACAAGCAGUCCAAGUGUAUUCGUUGGCCAUGGAUAAUGACUACCGUAGCGGCUUGUGGCGUGGACUUGGUGGCUACUGUAACUUAUGCCAACGACUCCUUCCACACGAGGUCCAUAAGUGAUAUGAUGGACUACAUCGACGGCACAGUCAGUGGCGUCAGCAACACUCCGUUAGACACGUCCUGGACGGCGUGGGUUAUGGUCAUCAUCUACUCUCGCUUCGUGCUCUUGUUCAUGCUCAAUGUUUUCCUCGUGGUCAUCGUGAUAGUAGACUGUAACGUCAAGAGAGAGCCGAAGACUGAAAUAGAUAACCUAGAAGCUCCAACAACAGUUGCAAGAGUAGAAGCCGUUCCUCAAGUUCCGGUCCCAGUUCAAGUAACAUCUACAUCAGUUCAGGCAACACCUCCCCAAGAUCCGCCUCCCCCGCCUGAAGUAAAUACCGAAGACCAAAGCGAUAGGGAUGAGGAAAUCGGCAGCCUGCCCAGUGAGAGCAGGAUCACCACGAGAAUACCACGCGCUGGACUAAGUCGGUCCUUCCGACGGAUGAAAACUUUCCUGUUUAGAAAGACUCCAUCGCCUGAUGUUCAUAAUAAAUCUAUUGGUGAAUCUAUACAAGCAUCACCUGAAAGAUCACCGAGGACACAGCGCAUCGACGUGGAUUCAGAUAAGAAAAGGACAGUAAACUUCCCGGAGACACUGCUAUCGUUGCCGCAGCGGCUGGAGAACAUCAUCGCUGAGCAGCAGAGGAGGCUGGACCGGGCUGUCAUCGACACGUCGGGCCGCACCAGCCCGCCGCGCAUCUCACAGUCCAUGCCACAACUUGCGACCACAUCCACUCAUACCGAUGCAAAGGGGCGGCGUGGAACAACGGUCGAACUCCAGGGACAGCUUCCCUGGGCGUAUAUACCGGCGCCCGCGCACCGCAUGCGGGACCAGCUCCCUCCGGACGAGGAUCUUCCACCGGUACCCCUCCCAGAUUACACCGCCUUCCAGUCCGUCAGAAAAGCAUCCGUCCAUCGAGCCGCAUCCAGUCUGAGCUCAUUGACCCAAAAAAAAGAUUACGUGACAUCACGAUCUGUGCCUUGUGAGUAUUACACAUAUAAGAAGGCUUAGCACGAUCAGUACAAAUAAAAUUAAAUGAAAACAGCGUUAAAUCAGUCCGACGUUUUGUACUAAGAUAAGACAGAGCUACAACAUUUUCGGAAAUAGACAGUCAACAGUGCAACAACAAUCUCAUUGUGAUGUAUCCAUAUCAAUGUUAGCAAACUGGACUAAUUCAAUCGUUUCUAUGUGAUAUGAACUGAAUCAGGACUAGAUAGUACAUUAUAUUCUUGGACAACUUUGAACUCUAUUUUGAUGAGCUAAGAGUUAUUACGGAAUGUUCACCCCAUUGGAAAAUCGAAAAUUUUAGCGCUGAUAGUGGUCUAAGCGAAUAGUGUACUCGGAACUUAUAUUAAAAAUAAUGUUUUUUCUAUCUUGGUAACCUAGAUGUCGGUGCAACCUAGUUUUUUAUUCCUACUACUGCGGAAAAACUCUUUCUUCACACUUCUUACACUUCCUCUUAUAACCCUAGUCUUUCAGUCCAGUUUUGUAAAAAGGUUUCAAAUUCCGACUUCUUUUUCUCUUUUUCUUUCCGCUCUCAUCUCUUUUGUUACAUAAUACAUAGAAUAGCUGUCAUCUUUCAAAGAAUAGCCGUAUAACAGAGGUCAGUGCCCGGCAUCGCUUUAGCUAACUACUAUUUGCAUCUUACUUUAUGUUCUGAUAAUGUGCAAAUCGGGUCACGCUCUCACUUACAUAUUUAACUAUCAGAUACCUAACUUAGCUCUAUCUACUCGUAUAUUACUUUAACACCAUUAAUUUAAGUCAUUUCUCAAUGUUUGUGAGUUCAUUUAUUUAGUUUUAUUGUACUUAUGUAUGUUUCGUUUGUAAAAUACUAUUAAUUUCUUUUGUGGAUAGGAAAUUAUUUACUCUAUUCGAUUUUGUUGUUUGCAUGUGACAUUUGGAGUACCAUUUAUAUAGAAGGGCUAAUAUAACAGCUUAGAGCUAUCUCCCUCGAACAACGGGUACAGCCCUUCCCUGCAUUUAAUUCAAUAAAGCCUAAACGAUGCCUUAAGUAAGGUCUUGAUUUUUAAGUACUUUAAAAUUUGACUAAUUUAUUUUCUAGAUAAGGCAAGACAAUUUAUACAUUAAUGGAAAUGAAUAACUACUGUAUUAGGUUUACUAAAUGUAUUUAAUAUAUUUGAUGAGUGGGAAACCUGUAAUUGUUGCUUCGGGAGUUGUUUAAAAGUCUCAACUUUAUCACAAUUCAGUCAAAUUGGAUGCACUUUGAUAUAAAGUGAAGUGAAGACUCGGUCAAGUGCUUUUUCCUCUACAUGUAAUGUAAGAUGAACACAAGCAACUUGUAUAAUUUUGAGGCAGCAAUUACUGGUCUUAGUUCGUAAGAUUUUUUAACCAAUAAUUAUUAUAACAAUAAAAUUUUAUAUUUCAAGAAUA